AAUCCUUUCCCACCCGUUUCAAGAUUGAAACUCAAGAUCUCCAAAUUAGAGUUUCAAGCUCUUAAUCACUUGAGACAUCUCUUGGAGUUGGAUUUAUGCUUCUUUAUUGGUAAGAGUUGAAAGCUUGUCACCAAGUUAGCCAUCUGUAGAUGAUGAUGGGUGCACCUCAAGGUGUUACAGCUCAAGAUAUCAAGAUAUCAAGAUAUCAUCAUGGUUGCCAGUUCAAGGUCAGAUCAGAGUUGUGAUCACAUCUUUCCCUGCAAAUACUCUGGCUACAUCUCAGAACCUGUAAGAGAUAAGACAGUUUUCUAAUUGAAAGUUAAGCAUCACAUUGUGUUCACAGGGAUCCUCCUUUACGACUUCUAAUCAAGCUUGUAUCACCUUGUUCAUUCCAAUGAAGAUCUCCUCAUCCCACAUGAAGGGAUUUUGGAGUUAUAAGAGAGCUCUGUAUUUGGUAACGAUGUUAGCUGUAUCAAUGUGUCUUUUGGCAUUUAAUGCUUUAGUUGCAGUUUCUUGAUAUGGUUAUCUCUUAUCUGUAGUAGAAGAUUUCAAAGCCAUACCACAUGUCUGUAAUGCACAAUUAUUUUCUGGGAUGAGGGCAAAUUCUGAGGUUCAGUUUCAAAGCCAAACCUCAUAUGUAUUAGGACAAUGCUAAAUGUUGAAGUGAAGCUUAGACAUAAUCCAUGGCUUCUCUUGCAACUGACCUGAGGCCAUGACCAAUACCAUUGAUGUCUUGUUUGAUUAUUCAGUAAUGCAUCUUUUUUAUAUGACAGCCAGAUAUGUCUGCGCUCACAGUUUAUCAA